ACGAAGUUUUCGUCACUUCAGGCAUUUCAGUUCUAGUUGAGUAGAUUUCUUCAUUCGGGGCGAUUUUUCUAUUAAUGUUUAUAGAAGAUAACCAACUCGGUAUUUAUAAGAUCAGUACAGCUAUGGCCGCUGCAUGGUAUGUUUUCUAUCGACUUUUUAACAAGAACAAUGAUGCAGCAAACGAUCAGAGCGAUGAAGUUCAAGGUUACAAGAAAAAACGUCACACACCCUUAUCGGCAGAAAUCCACAAAAUAUUCACAACCUAUCUCUCACCUGAACCUGUCGAGGAAAAUAACGAUCCACGAACGCCACGAAAUAGACACAAUCUGGAACGCCAGCUUUUCCACGCCGGGUUUAAAUUGGAUGUGGAAUCGCCGUCAAGGCGACUGGAGAAUUUCAAAUCUUGGGCGUGCAAAAUGACCGUGAGGGAGAAUCAGCUGAUUGAAAAGAAAAGUGGCAAACUCAUUGUGUCGAUUGAAGAUUUCCCAGACGUAAUUAGAAAAGCACACUGCGACGAUCAAACUGGCCUUCACUUGGAUCUGCCGGCUACAAUAGAAAAGAUCAAGGAGAGGUUCACAUUUGGCCACAGAAACUUUGGAAUGAAUGAGGCAACAGUGAAAGAGGAGUUAAACAAGUGUAAUCACCCUAUCUGCAAACCUAUCUUCAAGCAGUACCGAAAGGCAAAGAAAAUGGGUCAAGCUGAUGCUACAACAAGCAGGCAGUCAUUUUGCCAAGAUGCCCACAACGUCCACUCUGACAUGUCCUUGACCUCUUUGACCCCUGUGACCUUGGAGGAGAGAAAUGUGGAGUCAUCAUCAUCAUUGACCAGUCUGACUCCAUUGACCAUGGACAAAAGUCUGCAACCUCUGUCCAUCAUGUCCAGUGCCACCAGUGCCCAGUCCUCACCUUCUUUGACCAGUUUGGCUCCAGUGACCAUGGGCAAAAGUCUGCAGUCUCUGUCCAUUAUAUCCAGUGCCACCAGUGCCCAGUCCUCACCUUCUUUGACCAGUUUGGCUCCAGUGACCAUGGCAAAAGUCUGCAACCUCUGUCCAUUAUGUCCAGUGCCACCAAUGCCCAGUCCUCACCUUCUUUGACCAGUUUGGCUCCAGUGACCAUGGGCAAAAGUCUACAGUCUCUGUCCAUGAUAUCCAGUGCCACCAGUGCCCAGUCGUCACCUUCUUUGUCCAGUUUGGCUCCAGUGACCAUGGGCAAAAGUCUGCAACCUCUGUCCAUCAUCUCCAGUGCCACCAAUGGCCUGUCCUCUUCUUCUUUGUCCAGUUUGGCUCCAGUGACUGUGGGUAGCAGUAUCAUAGUUCAACCACCUUCCUUGAUCACACCACUUAUGUCUACUCAAGAUCCAGAUAAGGUCAGCAGUCCAUCCUAGGGCGUUUCUGAGGUUAUUUUACUCUUAACCAAUGUUAACUAGGCAACUGAUAGCUACUGAAAUAUAUACUAGCUUGUUUUCAUUUAAUAAAAAGAAACCAGAGAAGGCAAAUUUCCAGUUGACAGAACUGAGGAAUAAGUUCCAAAAUUGGUGACCAAGGAUAUCUUUUAGCAAUUUUCCAAUUUUUUUUACUCUGGGUCCUGUUUGGCAAAAUUUUAAAGAGCUUAUAAUUAUCCUGAAAAUUUGAUCUUGACUUUAAGACCACAAUUUAAGUCUGCUUUGACCUAGGAUAACAAAGUUGUGAGAACAUUAAAAUAUUUAUUGUACCAGUUUUGUGUCAUGAGUUGCUGUCAACUAAAUCUUUGGUCUGAAAGGCUUCAUUCAGAACAGGGGACUAACUUGUCUGAGGGUCAAAUAUGGCUGACCUACGUGAAUACUUCUUGCUUAAUCCCCACAGGGAAUCUAUUCAGUGUCGAAUUGGGAAUCAAGUGAUAAUUAAGCUUUUUAGUGGGUCGCCAUGUUUGAUGUGGAUCUGUUAGUGUGCUGUUCUGAAUAUGCUCAUAGGCUCAUAGCCAAGUUUCAGACGUCCUUACAUGAUAUUGGC